GUGCAAGGGUCGAGCAGUCACACAACUACAUAACAAUAUACAUUACCUUAAAAACUUUACUAUUCAUAAAUCUCAUGCACCUGAAUUACAUAAUGCUGAAGUCGCAAAGUUUUCUUCUGAAAUUAAGCGCCAAGCACAAGAAACAAGAGAUAAGCCUUCUAAAAUAAUACAGGAAAAUAUUAUUAAUAUACCUGAAGCAAUUAGACCAUAUCUUCCUUCAACAAACGCCUGUCAUAGAAAAAUUCAACAUGUAAGACAUACAGGAUUACCACCUCAACCGCAAAACAUUGCCAAAUUCGAUGUACCAAAUAAUCUUCAAAAUACAUUGAAUGACAAACUUUUCUUAGUUAAUGACCAAUUAGUUGGUCAAAGUUGA